CUGCAGCAGGUGCAGCUUAUCAACAAUAAUAACGGGAUCAGCUAACGGGACUCCGGUACCUACAGACGGGAUGCACCGACUGUUGCUCGUGUUUCUGGCCGCCGCCGGGGCGUCUGUCCUCGGCGUCCUCGGGCGGAGCGUGUCCCCGGCGGCCGGGCCGUGCCUCGCCCCGCUGCAGUGGGAGGGCCGCUGGGUGCAGUACGACCACAGCACCGGCAGGAACAGACGGGCCGCGGUCUCCUACGACGGCCUGAACCAGAGGAUCCGAGUCCUGCAGCAGCACAAGAAGCACACCCCGUGUCAGAAGUGA